UCUCGCCUUGCCACAAGCUGAAAUUAUUGGUCCCGUUGAACUUCUCCACCUCGAUCUUCGCAUUCGUCACCACCGUCCUUCCCGAUGACGCCGAGGAUCGGACGGUCGACGACGAUGAUGAGCCAACUGGUGGAAUUGCAACUACCGCCGGUGUUUCGGUGGUCUCCUGGGCCAUAACUCCAAAUCACAAUUUUUUUUUUAUUUUUCAAAUCGACCCGUGCCUUGGUAAAAGGUACCGCGGCUCUGAUACCAAUUGUUGUGCGGAAGCGUACCGGGUCUCAAAUGUGAGACGAUGGAAUCGAACGAGAGAAAGUAAAAGACACCUGGAUUUAACGUGGUUCGGCAGAAUGCCUACGUCCACGGCGAGGAAGAACACAAACUCCACUAUAUCGGUGAACAAAUGUGGAAUACAACACACACUCAACCUCACUUCCCAAUUUUCUAAGAACACCCUUUCUCUCGUAACACUCAGAAGAAGAAAAUAUUCAAACCGUAUCCAAGAACCUCACCGAAAAAAAUUUCUUGGAUACUAAGAAAGAAAACCCAAAACCCUCGAAAAGACCCAAAUAUUGGGUUUCUUGCUGAAGAAGAAAACUUCUUCUUCCACACUCCUUCUUCUCUUCUGAAUGUUUUUGUUAGUGAUUUGUGAUACUUGAGAACAUAACUUGCAUGGCUAUUUAUAGGAGAAGUCACAGACGGAUUUGUGGCGGAAGACAAAAGCCACCAAACCAUUCACGUUGAAUGGUGUUUGAUUUUUUCAAAUAAAAAAUCAACCAAUUGCCUUUGUCUGCCAUCAUCACCAAUUUCCUUUGUUUGCCACCAACACCAUAAUUGAAGCCACCAUUCACAUAAUCUUAAACAAUGUCGGGAGAAUGCAGGUUUUUAGAUGACUAAUGGGUUUUGAUUUGGUUUUGGUUUGUUCGGAUGCAGAUAAACAAUGUUGGAACUAACAUAGUGAAACCGACCGUAGAGUAUACAGCAGAAGAUUUCUCGUUUCUGAUGGCUACGAACUUCGAGUCAGCUUACAAUCUCUGCCAGAUGGCGCAUCCUCUCCUGAAGGCUUCGGGAUAUGGUAGCAUCGUCUUUAUGUCCUCUGCUGCCGGGAUCCAAUCAUCUAACGUCGGAUCCAUCUAUAGUGCGACAAAAGGAGCUCUGAAUCAGCUGGCGAGAAACUUGGCUUGCGAGUGGGCGUGCGACAGCAUAAGGGCUAACGCUGUUGCGCCUAACGCCAUCACAACUCCUCUUGCGCAACACCUUUUGGAAGACAAGAAUUUCAUGGAGGCCUUGAAGUCGAGAACACCGCUCGGCCGUGCUGGAAAGCCAGAAGAGGUCGCGGCACUGGUGACGUUUCUGUGUCUUCCUGCGGCUUCUUACAUAACCGGUCAGACUAUUUGCAUCGACGGAGGUCUCACCGUCAAUGGCUUCUCCUAUCAGCCCCAGGCUUGAAUCCGACCGAAAAUCUUUCGACAACAUAUAAAAUUCCGAGCUCUACUAUAGAAUGAUCUUGUAAGAGUUUGGAACAUUAUUAAAUAAAGAUCCGUAAUGUUCAUGUUUCCUUGUAUCAGCCACAGGCUUGAAAACUAUGUACGAUGUCUUAACAAUUUAUCCUCGUUCUUGAA